AUGGCAGAAAGUGAAGAGGAACUAAAGAGCCUCUUGAUGAAAGUGAAAGAGUUUGUCGUCUCUCCUGAUGGUGGCGCUAUCAGCUGUUUGCAACUCAAAGUGUCCUGUUCUUACGUGACAGUGGCCAAGCAGAAAAGAAGUGGAAAAACAGACCUUCUUCAAGAAAUGCAUUCCCAGAAGCCUCUACAACACUUAACUUCUCAUUUCAUUGCUCAAAAUAGGACAACAUGCCUGCCCCUCAGACAUAUCAUUAACAAAGGGACUGAGGUCGCCAUGAUGGAUGUACCUGCCUACCCAACAUCAGGGUACUUUUGGAAAAGAAGGAGGGUGCCAAGCCUGUGGAUGGCUUGGAAAACCACAGCAAGAACAAUAGCAACAACAAUUUUGCCUUCAGCCUAA